AGUUAUUUCAAUUGAAUAAGAUCUAAAAUGACAUUAGGUAAAUACAGAUUAAUACAAAUAACCAAUUAGAUGAGCCUAAGUUAUCAAAUAUUAAAUAAUGAUACUUAAGAAUAAAAGAAUUACCAGAUUUCUAAGAAAAGAAGAAGGAAUCAUUUGGAGAUGAUGAGAUAAAUAAUCAUUUACUAUUUAUUCCAUUCGAAAAGGAAGGAUUGUCUUUUUAUAAUUAUUUAGUUUACCUAUAAAUAGAUAUUAGAUAUUCUUCAAAUAAUUAACAAUUAAUUUUAAUAAAUUCAAAAAAUUAGUAUGAGGCGAUUAAAAUAUGUCAUAGAAUUAGAUUUCUCUAUUCAUAAUUAAUAAUUUAAUAAUACACGAGUUUAAUUGUUAAAGCUAUUUAUACUAAACCAUCAUUGCAACAGCUAUGAAAUAAAGUUUUUUUCAUAAAUUUACAAUAAAAUUUAUUUAAAUUUAAAGCCUCAAAAUGACUGA